AUCCCUCUCAAGCGGCAGACGAACGCGAAAUCACUCCGAAUACAUGAUCAUCAAAAGCACGGGCACUACACCGCAAAUGUGCGCUGAAGAAUGGUGGAAUGACGAUAAUAAUAAUAAUCACAAUCACCUCAACCACAAAAACAACAACAACAACAACAAUCAUCACCAUCACGCCAAAUCCGUCAUCGCCGUCGACUCGGCGAGCAUGAUGGAGAAACCUUUACCGUCCCCUUUGGAUAAACCUUUGCCUUCGGUGAGGACUGCGCCGGAUCGUGCGUUGGUGAGGAUGAAGCAUAGAAUGGUUCGACAUCAUCGGAGAUGGGCGGGGAGUAAACAAUUUUGAAAAAGAAAAAGAAAGGAAAAAAGGAUUUGAAAUGGAUGAUAUGAUGAUGAUGAAGGAAUGAAUGAAUGAGUGAUGAUGAUGAUGUUGGGGACUGCGUGAGGAUUGGAAGUGUGGUUAUCAACAAUCUCGCGGCUUGACUAUUGUGGAGGGAAAGGAAAAGAGUCACUACAAACAAUAAAAACCUGGGUUUACCUGCCUGCCUGCCUGCCUGCCCGCCUGGAGACAGAGGUUGAUGAAACCCAUGCAUACGACCGAAAAGCCCC